CGCCGCUGAUGGGAAGGCGGCGCCUUCCCGCCGUGGCCGGCAGUGAGGCUGCGACCGAGCCCGCCUGCGGACCGCAGCGCCCGCCGCUCGGCUCCGCGCCCUCCCUCCGCCUGCGCUCGCCGUUCUCUCCCCCGGCCAAAUGAUGAACUUUCUGCGGCGUAGGCUCUCGGACAGCAGCUUCAUCGCCAACCUGCCCAAUGGCUACAUGACCGACCUGCAGCGGCCAGAGCCGCAGCAGCCGCCGCCGCCUCCUCCUCCCUCCUCAGGCUCCCCGGCCCCUGCCUCUGCUUCCCCGGCUACCGAGCGCCGGCAGCCGCCGCCGCAGUCGGCUCCCCCCCAGCAGCAGCAACCGCCGCCGCAGCCACAGCAGUCCACAGGCAGUAGCUUCUUCAGCUCCCUCUCCAACGCCGUGAAGCAGACGGCGGCCUCGGCAGGGCUGGUGGAUGCCUCCUCCGCCGUCUCCGCGGCUGUCGGCAGAAAGUUCAAGCUGCUCCUGGUCAUCGACGAGCCGCACACGGACUGGGCCAAGGCUUUCCGUGGAAAAAAGGUCCAUGGAGAAUACGACAUAAAGGUGGAGCAGGCAGAAUUCUCAGAAAUCAACUUGAUAGCCCAUGCUGAUGGAAACUACGCAGUAGAUGUCCAAGUGUUCCGAAAUGGCACUAAAGUUGUCAGGUCAUUCAGGCCUGAUUUUGUCCUCGUUCGACAACAUUCGUUCAGUAUGGCAGAAAAUGAAGACUUCCGCAACUUGAUCAUUGGAAUGCAGUACGCAGGCAUCCCCAGUGUCAACUCCCUGGAGUCCAUCUAUAACUUCUGUGACAAGCCCUGGGUGUUUGCCCAGCUGGUGUCUGUCUACAAGUCGUUGGGUCCAGAGAAGUUCCCUUUAAUUGAGCAAACGUUCUAUCCGAAUCACAAGGAAAUGCUAACAAUGCCAACAUUCCCUGUCGUCGUGAAGAUUGGACAUGCUCACUCAGGCAUGGGCAAGAUCAAGGUAGACAACCACUACGAUUUUCAGGACAUAGCCAGCGUGGUAGCACUUACUCAGACCUACGCCACUACUGAACCCUUCAUAGACUCCAAGUAUGACAUCAGGAUCCAAAAGAUAGGCAAUAACUACAAGGCCUACAUGAGAACUUCCAUAUCUGGGAACUGGAAGACAAACACAGGCUCUGCCAUGCUGGAACAAAUUGCUAUGUCAGAUAAGUACAAGCUCUGGGUCGAUACCUGCUCUGAAAUCUUCGGUGGCUUGGACAUCUGUGCUGUUAAAGCUGUGCAUGGAAAGGAUGGAAAAGAUUAUAUUUUUGAGGUCAUGGACUGUUCAAUGCCUCUGAUCGGUGAGCACCAGACUGAAGACAGGCAACACAUAACUGAGCUAGUCGUAAGCAAAAUGAACCAAAUGUUGUCCAAAACUCCUAUUCCAUCUCCUCAGAGACCCACUGCCACUCAGCAGCCUCAGAGUGGAUCACUAAAGGAGCCAGAGCCAAACAAAAUCCCACCUCAGCGACCACCACCUCAAGGGGGCCCAGUGCAACCCCAAGGAAUGCAAUCCCAAAGCCAGGAGCCAUUGCAGCCCCAGCGCAUGUACCCCCCUGGGCAGGCAGCAAAGCCCUCAGCUUCCCAGCCGCAGCGUCCACCCGGACCUACAACUCAGCAACCACGGCCUCAGGCUCAAGGUCCUCCCAGCACCAGAUUAUCAAAGGAAGCUGAGCCACAGCCUGCUCCACAGCCUGCUCCACACCCAGCUCCACAGCCUGCUCCACAGCCUGCUCCACAACAGAAGCCUCAGUCUCAUCCACAGCUAAACAAGUCGCAAUCUCUGACAAAUGCCUUCAGUUUCACAGAAUCCUCCUUCUUCCGAUCAUCUGUGAAUGAAGAUGAAGCAAAAGCUGAGACGAUUCGAAACUUGAGGAAAUCCUUUGCUAGUCUGUUUUCUGAUUAGCCAGCUCCACCUAAAUGCACCUCGCAUAUAGUCUGAAAACUCCGUGAAUGUUUCCUAGGUUUUGUUCUCCCUGUGGCAGUGCCCUUCUCUACUGUGCUCACUGUUGUAUUCAGCAAUAUGUUAAACAUAUAACAAGCCAACAAAAACUCAAACCCCACCCCAAAACCCAAAACAAACCAACCAAACAAAAGUUACAAAAAAAUAGGAGGAUGACUUUGCUGGGGUACCAUUCAGGAAGGUGUCUAAAGAUGGAUAAAGAAGGAAGGGUUCUCCUGCUAAGACAGAAUGCUGAGUUCUAAGGUCCUUACCCAUUGUAAUAUUGUGGCCUUACUGUGACUGAAGUAUAUAGCCCUAAUCAGACUCCUUCGUAGAACUGUGUUAAUAAAGCAUUGAGGAAUGGGUUUCUCCUUGCUUCACCCAUUCCCAAUGCAUUGCAAUGCAUGUGUAUUUCAUGUGUAAAUGUUUUGUACUGCAGAAGUAGAGUCUUGACUUGUUCUGGCCUCCUAAAUCCAGGAGGCUGUUCACACUGACCUUCUUGUUCCAGCCACAUAAAUAACGUGAGAAAUUGAAGCAGUUUCUUCCUCCUUGUACAAUCUUUCCAUCAGCUGGUUGUAGACUUCUGAUGUAUUGCUGGGAGUUAUCAGUACACUAACUUAAUGUCAUAAAUAGAGUGUGUAUGUGCUACUGUAUCUCCACAUGUCUAUUUAAAUUUCUUUCCAAAGUGUAACCAUAACUGGGUUUAGUUGCAAAGAAUAUGCAUGAUGUUACCCUUCUUUUUGUGGACACCUUCUAAUAAAUGUAAAGUCCCAUGCCUGAUUUAAACAGCUGUCUUCUACAAAGCUUGUGUCAGCAUCAGUACACGUGGUCUGUUUCAACUGGUAUCUGAAGGGUGGCUUUGUGAGUGUGCAAUAUUUGGACACAAACCACAACUGUAACAAAAUAAAACCAUCACAAAUAAA